GAAGACUUUUAUUUGUAUUUAUACAUGUCUGUUGCAAAUGUUCUCCUUCUAUCAGAUCACAUCUUUGAGGAGAUCUUAUACUCCACUGAUGUCAAGCUGAAAGAUGCCAAGAUGAUGCUUGAGGAUGUUGUGAAGAGAUGCCUGCCAAAGUGUGUGGGAGAGACUCGACUAAAAGAAACUGAAGAGAAAGAUGAAGUGGCCUUCAAGGAUGACUGGAAUAAAGCAGUGGACGAGUGGAACAAACUUCACCCAAAUCUGGUCUUGCGUAAGGAGGAUUUCAGCACUGAAGUGAUUCUACUGGAUUAUAAUAAGGAGGAUGAAAGCCCUAUCAACCGUGUCUAUUUCUACAGAAAGAAGCAGCACAAUAAAGGCCGCAAGAUUAGGAAAUAUGAGUUCUCCAGUCUGCUGCCGGGGAAGUUUAGUGAACAUGUUGGUCGAGUUUACUACACAAAAAACUCUGAUGAGGAGGAGAUGGAUGCUAAGGAGUGCUUUAAAUGGUGGCGCCUUGGCAUGUGUGUAAUUGAGCUAUACGAUCAGCAUGCGUUUAGAGGUACCAAGUGUGUGAUCACAGGCAACUGUCCAUCAUUGGACCGCUGCAGUAUAACAGAGGUUCGCUCCUGUAAGGUGAUCCGAGGCGUCUGGAAGCUCUGGAAGGGUCGUGACAGUGGAGAUGAUUACCUACUGAAGGAGGGAGAGUAUCCCAAUCUUAAGGCAUUGAGCGAUGGCAAAUCCACUGCUUCUGCUCCUGCUCCCGUUCCUGAUCCUGCUUGGUCUCUUGAAUGUCUGCCAUUUACGAUCCAGCUCUAUGAAAAGGUGGAUUUUGAAAGUCCAACCUUUGAGACAACAGUUGACUGUCCUUCAUUGAACAGCUGUGGUAUAAAUGAGGUCCGCUCCUGUAAGGUGCUCAGUGGUGUCUGGGAUCUCUAUGAGGGUCCUGACUAUGCUAAACCCAGUUACCGACUGCAGAAGGGGGAGUAUCCCAAUCCUGAGGCGUGGGGCAAUGGCAACACUGCUCCUGCUCUGUCUGUGAAACGUAUGACAUCUUAUAAGAUCCAGCUCUAUGAAAAGGAAGAUUUUGAAGAGCGAAUGCAUGAGACAACAGUUGACCAUCGUUCAUUGGAUGACUGUGGUAUAAAUGAGGUCCGCUCCUGUAAGGUGCUCAGUGGUGUCUGGGAUCUCUAUGAGGGUCGUGACUAUGCUGAACCCAGUUACCAACUGAAGGAGGGGGAGUAUCCCAAUCCUGAGGCGUGGUGUGCCAGUGACCCCACUGCUCCUGCUCUGUCUGUGAAACGUGUGACAGAGUAA